AUGUUGAGUUCACCGAGUAAAUCGUCCGCCGUCAUCGACGCCGAUCGGCGCCAGCCAAGUCGACUUCAACGGCAUGCUCCAUCGUCCAUUCAGAUUAAUCAGGUUUCGACAAGGAACGUUGCUAUACCUUUAUUAUCGCCACUAGUUUCUUCGCCUCCCUCUUUUGAUCAAAGGAUGACUGAGAAAAGGGAAGAGCCACCGCGUCAGGAGCAGAAGGCGGCGGACCCUAAGAAGCUUGUUUUUAAGAUAUGGCAGCAUCCUGCGGGGCCGAUUUAUUAUGAGCCAUCGCCUUUAUUAUCAUCUUUUGUGCCGGCUUAG